AAAUAGACUCGCCGGACAUGAAUGUGGGGGGAAUCAGCUUGCUUAAAAUCCAGUUUUCAGCUGCUCUUCGCCCAGUCCAUCUCGUGGCCUGCUCGAGCACACGACUGACAAGUCUAUCAGGAAGCAGAAUUCACAGUGCGUAGGCCGUACACUACUUAAGUAUGAGCUUUCCUGGGCAACAGCAAGAGAAUGGGGUAAUUAGGGACCCGGAUAGGGAGAGGCAAGAGCAAACUCUUCCUAAGUGUCUACCUCCAAAGUGGAUUGUAAACGAGGGACCUUUCUGGUGGUGCGUGUUAUCGGUAAUAGUGGACCCAUUGUUCUUUUACGUUCCGGUGAUUAAUGAAGAAAGAAAGUGCAUUGCUUUAGAUAAAAGAUUAUAUAUCAGCAUUACUUGUUUGCGAACUGUUCUGGACUCGAUUCUGCUUCUGCAUAUCAUUUGGCAAUGUCUUCGUCAUUUUGAAAACGCUCGUCCACGACGUGGACGAGGAGAGUCGCAAGAUAGAAAACCGAAAUGGGCUGAAAUGACCGGAACGGAAAAGUUACCUAAACUAUUAAAACUAUUACUGUGGCUCAGCCGAUUCCUGUCCUGGUACCGCAAAGCUAAACCGGAAUUGUGUUCAUUGCCGAUUGACGUCCUGGCAAUUCUUCCAAUCCCACAGGUGCUGCUUCCAAUUAUCUUUUCAAAACUGAGAGGUUCCGAAUCUUUGAAUAAAAGGAAAGUCUUGACAGCUGUUCUUCUAUUCCAAUAUCUGCCAAGAGCUUUUCUUAUCCACCAGUUGUCAGCCCCAUGGAGAAAAGCAUUUAGCAACGAGGUCCAGCCCCAGGACGGUAGACCAUCUAAACACGUCAUAGCAGUGAAAGCUGGGCUCAACUUGUUUAUGUUCAUUGUUGCCAGUCAUAUACUGGGUGGUUUUUGGUACUUUUUCUCUAUCGAGCGAGAGACAGCUUGCUGGCACCUUGCUUGUGAAAAUCACAUUGAAUGCAAUCGAAGUUCUUUUGACUGUAACGACAGAAGCGUUGGAAAUUACACAUUUUUAAACGAUUAUUGUCCUAUACAAACCCCAAAUACAACUGCCUUUGAUUUUGGAAUAUUCCAAGAAGCGCUUCAAUCUGGUACAGUGGCGUCCAUGGAUUUUCCGCGAAAGAUCUUGUACUGCUUCUGGUGGGGCCUCCGAAAUUUGAGUUCUUUUGGUUCAAACCUUCAAACAAGUCCGCAGUUCUGGGAGAACUGCUUCGCAGUUUUAACUUCCAUCUCUGGCUUGCUACUGUUUAUGUACUUCCUUGGGCGUUUGCAGAUGUAUAUGCAGUGGAAGGGGCAAAGGCAGCUGCAGGAAGCUCCGCUAAGGCAGUUCGAGGAAGCUCGGCGAGAGCAGCGAAAUCUGGUGGAAGCUCAGCAAAGGCUGAAGAAAACUAAGCAACUUGAGGAAGUUAUGAAGAUUUGGAAUUCUGACAAGAAAGCUAGAAAACAGAAAGUACUUGAGUGGAUAUACAGACAACCGCGGCUUGAAGAAAUUAGAGAGACGAUCAUAGAUCAAGUAGACAUAAUGUUUACAGAGGAAGAAAACCGGAUCAAGUCCGCGGCAGAAGAAAGUAUUUUCGCCGCAAAAAGCAUAAUAUCUCGUAGUGAAUAUAAAGUUAUUGUUGAUGCAGAGAAUUCGUUCCCUCAUUUUCCCCUGUUCACUAGAAGAAUGAUUCAGCGAUUUCUCUACUUACCCCUACUACAGAAAGUGCCACUUCUUCAAAGUAAGAGUGAAUUUAUGUUGAAAUGGAUUAGCCGCGACUAUCUCAAGCAAGUGUACUACAAUGAGAACAGUUACAUUGUUCGGGAGGGAGAACCACUUGAUGCGUUGCUCUUCGUCACGCGAGGCAUCGUAUGGACCUAUACAACUGGUCCUGAUCAUCGUCAAACUGGGUGUCUUAAAACCGAUGAUUUCUAUGGAGUUGAACUGCUAGAAUGGGUGUUCAAGUCCCCCUACGUGUCGGACCUAUCCAACCUCCCCUUCUCGACCAGGACUCUCAGAUGCCAUACAAAAGUCGAAGCUUUCGCUCUUACGGCCGGCAACAUGGAGCAGCUGCUAACUAUCAAUGCCACAAAGAUUCAGGCAGCGUUUCGCCGCUGGCACCACGCUUGAUGAUCAGUCCGACAUGAAGAAGAAGGCUAAGAACCCGCAAGCUACUUGGUAGUCGCCGAGGUAACACUACCUAAGCAUCGACAUAUAUAUACUUUCUCCUCAUGCCCUUGGUGCUUCAGUACGUACGGUGUUCUGCUUGCUAGUUAAAAAAGUGAAGACUGCUUAAAAUCCAGUUCUCUGUGGAUGCAGAACGAUGACUGGUUGUUUAAGAGAGACGACUUCGAAUUAUGCUGUAGAUUGAAUAAUUAAUAAAUACUCCACUGGGUUUUGGAGGGAUUUGAUUGCUAGCUGUUUUUAGUGAAAGGUUAGAUCAAUAGCAAAUGUACGUGAUCUCUUUUUAAAAUUUAAUUAAAUAAGUCUAUUUUAACUUUUUACA